GCUGGUGGAGACACAACCCCUGACAACAACAGAGGCUACGGAUCAAUGGAAGAGCUAUCAGAAGUGUGGACCAGGGGAGAUGGAAGGUGGGCUGGAGACCAUGCCCAUGAAGCAGAAAAGGUGUACAGUAAGUACAUUGGAGGAGCCAAAAGAAAGGAAAAGCCAAGCUGGACCCAAAGCAAUGAAGGGCAGCCAGAAGUCCAUGGUGAAGUCUUGAAAAUGUCUGAUCAAGGUGGAGUGAAAGGAUGGAUGAACCCAGAAGAGAGAAGGAUGAUGAACCAUAAAGGAGCAGGAGGAAUGACAAACUAAGGAGGAGAUGGAUGGUACAAAAGUCCAAUCUUGAGAAUUGGGCUCUGAAGGCCACCAAGCAAACUAACCUAAGUUCUUAAAGUUAAAAAGAUAUGUACAGAUAUUUUAGCUUAGAUUUUCUUGAAACUCAAAUCUCUAUUCACCUGUUGGUCACUAUAACAAAGCAUAGCCUCAGGAAAGAUCAGGCAGCGAAAGCAAGAGCAGAGAAGAAAGAGGGACACACUGACCAUUCAGAUUUUUUAAUGUAACACGAGGACACAUCACACUCAUGGCUUAACUCGUUGCAGAAGCCUAAUGUUAAAUUUAGUAUUAAGGGAAACAUAUUUAGAUCAGGACAGUACAGUCAGUAAUUUGUUGGCUCAUUGCUUAUCCUACGGAGUGCUGUGCUCUAAACAAUCACGCCAAACUUUUGUAAUACCCUUCACUGCAGUAUGUGAAUAGUGUACAGUAGUUCCUGUGGAUGGAGGAGCAUAGUUCAAAAUGAUCCAAAAUGAACUACAGUAUAAGUUGGUUUGGAUUUGCAUCUGAAAAAUGCCUAAAGGUAAAAUAAAAUCUGUGCCCUAUUCAUCAUACUAUAAGAGUAGUGAAUAAAAAAUAAAGAAAGAAAGAAAGGGCUAUGCUAAAAUUGUCUAAAACUGUGAGUUUUUAUGGGUAAUGAUUUCAAUGCACUUUAAAUUGCCAGUCAAUAUAUUGAAUGUUACGAGGCCACAACCUCACACACAAGAACAGCCGUUUCCCAUGCAUGUCUGGAUUAUAUAGGAUAAAGACAGUUAAGAAGUCACCACUUGAAUUCCCUACCGCCCCAACCUUUCUCAUCUGCUUGUUCCUAUUCACUUGCUGCCAGGAUUUGAUGGGCUUUUGUUCCAGUGUUUUACCCCAUUGGGCUCUUCAGAUUGGGGCAGGACCAAGCCUAGGUCCUCGAACCUCCAGGGACCAAAAAAUUGAGUUAUCAUUAUACGUUUUUUGAAAAUAUUUUUAUACUUUUUUCCCUAUAUUUUUAUGGAAUUUCGGACUUUUGCUCAUCUUAAUUUUGGACUUUUAAAUCUUUAACUUUGGACUAUUUCUUCCCUGGAGUACAGUUCUGUUUAACCCUUGGCUGGUCAUAGACUCUAAUGGAGCAAGCACUCAGCAUGGUUCUCUAUUAGCACACAAGACAGUGAUGGCUGGGUAUUGUGCAGUAGUUUUGGGCUAGUGCCCCUCAGUGGGUAGAACCCAAAACAGGUGAAAUUUGGGUUGUUUAAUCAGCCAUCAUACUGUCACUGGCAAAAUAUUCACUUAAAUAAACACAUAACGUUUCUCCGUGCCACCUUUGUCUCACUCACCCUGCCAUUUCAGUCGGAUCGGAGAAAUAACAUGAAAAUGGCCAACCACAGAAAGUCUAGCUGUCUUCGACUGUCCUAUCAUCCAAGAUGGCAGUCACAAUCUUGUGCUGAAAAGAGACAACAUAAAACCUCAAAGCACAAAGCGAAAGGCACAGGACAGCCAGCAAACCCCCUGUCCUCUAUCUCAGUGUUACAUAGUUACAGCUGCUGGUUUAUCCUUCCAUUAGUUUUUAUAUCAUACCUGCCCUGUGCGGCCUGGGGCGCAACCUUCAAAAUCGCCAUUGUAGGACCAUGGUCGUGUGACCCCAUGUACUCCAAAGCCCUUCCAGACAUGGCUGCCCGUUUGGCCACAAGUCGCAUCAACAAAGACCCUGAGCUUAACAAAGGCUACUGGUAUGAUUACACAAUUAUCAAUGAGGACUGCACAAGCUCCAGAGGCCUGGCACGCUUUGUUGAGCUAGAGGGUUAUGGUUCGGCCUUUCUCGGUCCAGCAAAUCCUGGAUACUGCACUUCUGCUGCGCUGCUAGCCAAAAACUGGAACAAGGGCAUCCUGUCCUGGGCUUGCUUGAAGCCCAACAUGAACGAUGGAAUGUAUCCCACGUUUCUCAGACCGCUCCCGCUGUCAUCUCGGGUGCUUUUCUCUGUGUUGCGAUUUUUCCGCUGGGCUCACGUUGGGAUUAUAACAGCAGAGAACGACAUGUGGGAAGCCACUGGGCACGAACUUGCAGGAUCCUUGCGUACUCUCGGUCUGCCAGUUGGUAAAGUUGUUACAAUGGAAAUGGAUAAGGAUGGACCACGACGGGCCCUAAAAUCAAUACGGGACACAGAUCGUGUUAGAGUUGUCAUCAUGUGCAUGCACUCUGUUCUGAUUGGUGGAGAGGAACAGUAUCGGCUGCUAACCACCGCAAUGGACAUGAGAAUGAUUGACCGAGGCUAUAUCUUCAUUCCAUAUGAUACACUGCUCUAUUCACUGCCAUAUAAAAAUGUGAGCUAUCCAAUCCUGGCCAAUGACACCAAACUGCGACGUGCAUAUGAUGGGGUCUUAACAGUAACCAUGGACCAGGGAGAACAGAAUUUCUAUGAAGCUUUUAAUGAAGCACGCAAAUCCUAUGACAUCCGCACCAGCAUGCAGGCUGAAGAGGUUUCUCCAUUUUUUGGGACCAUCUUUAAUAUGCUCUACUAUAUAGCCAUGGCUGCAGAGCAGAGUCGAGCAACAGGUGGAGGCCGAUGGGUUUCGGGCGAAGCGCUGGCCCAGAAUAAGGGUGGAUUCGAAUUUAAUGGCUUUAACCAGAAGAUAUCAGCGGGUACCAAUGGAGAGGGUAUGCAGGCACGCUACGCCGUCCUUGACACAGAUGGCUAUGGGUCAAGCCUGGACCGUACACAUGCUCUGGAAGCGCCACACACUUUUGGAAAAUACGGAGGGUUAAAAUACUUGGGGAAAUCAAUUCAUUUUGCAGGAGCGUCUCCGAGUAGAGACUCAAUCUGUUGGUUCAGCCCUUAUAUUGCUUGUAGUGGAGGUAUGGAUGGAGUGACCCUCUUCUUAGUCUUCCUGUUCUGUGUAUUGCUGGGUGGAGCAGUUGUCUGUUUUCUCCAUAUAAGGAAAUACGGGCAGGUGGGAAUAUUAGGAGGAUUUGGUGAAGGAGGAGCUGCAAACCCCACUAAGAUAAUUCUGACACUGGAUGACUUGGUCUUUAUCAACACCACACUAAGCAGGAGGAAGCUGAAUGAGGAAAGUAUGGUGAAAAGUCAACCAGAUGUUAAAACCCCACAUCAUUCAGUUUCAGGUCGCAGUUACCUUGCAUCAACUCCUGAAACAUCUAAUGUUGCUGUAUUUGAGGGUGACUGGGUUUGGCUGAAAAAAUGUCACUGUGAUGGAAAUAUAUCAGAAAUCACGGACAGCACACAGGCUGUUUUUAUCAAGCUCAGAGACAUGCGGCAUGAAAAUCUGAACCUGUUUCUGGGCCUGUUUUUGGAUUCUGGCAUAUUUGGCCUUGUAACAGAGCACUGUUCCAGAGGCAGCCUGGAAGACCUGCUCAACAAUGAAGAAAUGAGACUGGACUGGAUGUUCAAAUCUUCUCUGCUCCUUGACCUGAUCAGGGGAAUGAAGUACUUGCAUAAUCGUGGAAUUAUUCAUGGACGUUUGAAGUCAAGGAACUGUGUGGUCGAUGGACGGUUUGUUCUGAAGGUUACAGAUUAUGGCUUUAAUGAAAUCAUCCACACGCAAAGCAUCAUCAUGGAUGACACGAAACCUGAGGAUCUGUUUUGGACAGCUCCUGAGAUCCUACGAGAUCCUCGGCUACAGAAGAAGGGAACAUUCCCAGCAGAUGUGUACAGCUUUUCCAUUAUCAUGCAGGAGGUGAUCUCCCGCUGUGCACCUUUCUGCCUACUGGACAUGCCUCCUGAAGAGAUAAUAGAUAAGGUGCGCUCCCCUCCUCCAUUGUGUCGGCCUACUGUAUCUAUGGAUGAAGCUCCACUGGAGGUGAUUCAGAUUAUGAAACAGUCCUGGAGCGAGGAGCCUAACAAGAGACCUACAUUUGAGGAGAUCUUUAAACAGUUUAAGAAUGUGAACAAGGGAAAGAAGACAAAUAUAAUUGACUCAAUGCUGCGCAUGCUGGAGCAGUACUCCUCUAACCUAGAGGAUCUGAUCCGAGAAAGAACUGAAGAAUUAGAGGUAGAACGUCAAAAAACAGAUGCCCUCUUAGCUCAGAUGCUACCCAAGUCGGUGGCCUUGGCGUUAAAGACGGGAAAGCCAGUUAAACCAGAGCACUUUGCAGAAGCAACGUUGUAUUUUAGUGAUAUUGUGGGUUUCACCACCAUCUCUGCUCUGAGUGAACCUAUCGAGGUGGUGGAUCUUCUCAACGACCUUUACACGCUCUUCGAUGGAAUUAUUGCAAUCCAUGAUGUCUAUAAGGUAGAGACUAUUGGUGAUGCGUACAUGGUGGCGUCAGGUGUUCCAAAUCGUAACGGUAACCGGCACGCAGCAGAGAUGGCCAACAUGUCUCUAGACAUUUUGCAUUGCAUUGGGACCUUUAAAAUGAGGCACAUGCCUGAUGUCAAAGUCAAAAUCCGCAUUGGACUUCAUUCUGGUCCAGUGGUAGCGGGUGUAGUUGGGUUGAAGAUGCCUCGAUACUGUCUGUUUGGGGACACAGUAAACACAGCUUCCCGAAUGGAAUCCACAGGGUUGCCUUACAGAAUUCAUGUCAACCAGAGUACUGUUGAUGUUCUGAACAGCCUAAAACUUGGCUACAAAAUCAAUUCUAGGGGCAGGACAGAAUUGAAGGGAAAAGGUGUAGAGGAAACAUAUUGGUUGGUUGGAAGGGCCGGUUUUGACAAGGUAUUACCUGUACCUCCAGACCUCACUCCUGGGGCAAGCAACCAUGGCAUUAGUUUAGAUGAGAUUCCUAUAGAUAGGCGACAGAAAUUCUUGGAUCGGCAGAAGAAGAUGGGAAAUUAAGGGAUGUGAUGAUUCUGUAUCAGCCUACUGAAGUCAAGAAAUCUCAACUAUAGGGGGAUAAGAAGGGUAAAUUAUGGUGUUACCUUUUCUCAACAUGAUCCAUUCCCCAUGGAGAGGAAGAGUUGACCUGGACAUCUGACAAGCACAACAAAGACUUGCUGAAAACAUCUGCUAAACAAGUCAGCAUGACCCAACUGCUUUGGAUUUUCACAGUGUACUUUUUUUAAACUGUGUAAGGAUUACACUGCAAAUCAUCGAAUGCUUAAUAAUGAAUGCUAAAGACAAUGCUGAAAUCACAUUCAUCAAGAAAAAGAGGAAACGAGGACAACACGACAUCCAUCUCUACAGUGUUUACUUCAGUUAAUUCAAACUAUUACUAAGAUUUAUUCUUUUCUUUUUGUUGGUUUGUUUAUAAAACUUAAAUUAAACAAAAAACAACAAAUUGGUGCUUGUUUAUAAUGCACCGGCACCUGACAAUUUAGUUAUAAACCAGUGAAAAUAAUCCCAGUAAUAUCAAUGCAUUGGAAUUAUUCAAACCACUAGAACUACUUUUUACUAGAAUGCCACAUGUAAAUUAGGGGUUAGUUAAAAAAAGCACUAGCUUCACAUUCUUUCAUUUAUGCAUGAAAAUAAUCCGGUUUAUUUUCAAUAAUGAGGUACUGUUUGGCCUUCAAAUAAUGUGAAUUGAAUUCAAAGGAAUGUUUAUGACCAAGCAAAUAUCCACUUUUAAAUAAUUAUUUUAAACCCAUGAUUCAAUAGCAGACAAUUACUUGGAUUCAUCUGAGCGCAGCAAGAGUAGAGAUACAUUGAAAAGGAAACUUAUUCAAGUGUAGUAAACUCAAAUUGUCAGGUUUACAGUGACAUGGCACAUUAUUUUGAUAUUCAUCUUAUCCAAUGUGUAAUGUCAAACCCUGCCUCCUGAGUCCUGGCAUACAAUCUGUUACCAACAAGAAAAUGUAUCCAAAAACUAUCUCUGCUCUAUUUUGUCUGCUUAUACAGUUGAUAUAUAUACAUAUUUGCCCCAAAAGGGACAAUGUGUAAAGCAAUUUCAUAAAGAUAGGAAAUAUACUCUAAAUAUCUUCAUUAAAAUUUGAGUAUUUUGUCACCUGUGGCUGUACAGGAUAAUCCUUUGUCAACUGAUACCUCCACCACAAUCUGUAUGUUAUCAAAUGAAACACUCAGGGAGCCAAGUGUACAAUUACAGUAGAACGUAGCUGCAUUUCAAUUGUAAAUCUCACCAUUUUAUCUUGUUGUCACUGAUUGUGUAAAUAAAAGCUGGU